GAGUGAAGAGAUGUCUGUCUGUCUGUCUGCUGUCGAUCAUCGAUAAGUCCAUCAGUCAGCACGGCACUUUCGCCGCCAUUGCUGCCUGUUUGCCGAGAGCCUCACUCUCACUCGAAUGCUCAGCCGCCACACCUUAUCGACACACACGCACACACAGAGAGAGACAUCCAUACCAUCUCACGUCAGUCGGUCAGUGUGGUGCAGGCUGGUUCCCUCCCUCCCUGACCCACUUACCCUGUUGCUGCCGGAUGGCGUGUUUGCCUUCGUUGAUGAGGUCGGUGGUCUGCUUGUGGGCGGCCGCCUUGUCGGCGAGCUCCCCUUCCUCGGCCUCCUCUGCACUGCCCUCCUCGGCAAUCAACUCGUCCGCCAACGACCCACCUCACACACACACAAACAGACAUCGACACAUACACACAUAUUAUAUACCAGCGGUGUGGCCUAACAUAUGUCUGUCUGUCUGUCUGUCUGUGUGAUGGGAUUGUGAUACCUUCCUGUGCGGCCCGUUCGGCUUUGAUGGCGAGUUUGGCGAGUCGCUUCUUGUGGGCAAUGUCCCGCUCGACGGUCGCCCUUCGCUUGUCGUGAGCCGCACUCUCCAACGACGCCACACUCACAGCCAAACCUGUAGACACACACAGCACAGACAUCCCUCUCCCUCUCUGUCUCUCUGCCUGCGUCUCUGGCUGACUGACCGUCGACUCGGCUGGCCAUCUUGUCGACGUCACCCUCGAGCGCUGCGAUCUGCGUGUCGAGAGAUGCGGGCGGGCCGACUUGCUGGGGCGGCGCGAGGCCUCGGGAGGGAUCAGCUGGGUGAAGCGGUGAGUGGGGGCCGACUGGGGGGCGGCUGGGUGUGUGUUGGCGUGAGUCACCAACAGGUCCUCCUCGGCUAUCACGUUGCCAAUGCGAGUGUCGAGCUCGCGAAGACGCCCACGCAGCUCACCCACACGAGACACACUGACCGACAGGACAUCAUCACACCACACACACGAGUGCAUGUUAGGGCUCAUGUCAGGUGUGUGGGUGGGUGGGUGGCUUACAGGUGGUCGGCCGACAGGCGAGCAGGCGCACUCUGAUCCAUAGAUCCAUGGAGAGAGGAAGGGAUUGACAUUGAUUUACACUCAUAGACACACAUCAGGGGUGUGUGUGUGUGUGUGUGGGCUUACGUUGAGUGCGUCGAUUUCCUUGGCGAUUUGUUUCAUCUCUUUGUUGAUUUGGUGUCUCUUCUCGGCGAGUUCCGCCCUGACGGCUGCCACCUCCCUCUCUGUCUCGACGGCCUCCUUGCGCAGCUUGAGCUGACCCUCCAGCUUUGCACUCUCCCUGGUGCCCUCGGCCGCCGCCAACUCGCGCUGAUCAAUCGACGUAUCCAAUCACUGCACACACACACACACACACACACAGAGGGAUUGGCUGCAGAAGUAUAUGGAGUGGCGUACGUUGAGGAGUUCCUUUUGUUUGUUGACGGCCGUCUCCUGUUGGAUCACGUCUGUGUCGGCCGCCACACCCACACGCUCGCCAGACACACGAGCCUGAUCAGACAAACACACACACACCACUGAUUCAUGAGUGUGUGCCCAUCCCGUCUGUGUGUGUGUCGAUGUGUGUGCCUGCAGCUGUUUGAGUUGGUCGUGCAUGGCCUUCUCGUCGGCGACCACCUGCACCGACUUGGCCACCAGACUGACCAGCGCCGCCUGCUGCUCGCGGAUCUCGUCGGCACCGAACAGCUCGCCGCUCUCCAUGGCUUUGCCCAGCUCGUGGGCGCUGAUCGAGGCCGACCGCAGCAGCCGACUCGACGCCAGCAGACCCGCACUCUCCAUCUCACUCGACGCCCGCAACAAGUCACGAGCCACCUCGUGCUGACCGACACACAUGGAUGUCGGUGCCUUGUGUCGUGUUGUGGUGCCUCCCUCCCUCCCUCCCUCCCUCCCUGUCUGUCUGUCUGUCUGCCUGUCUGUCUCACUGCUCACUUGUAUCUCUCCGGCCUUUCUGGGUUUGCCUUGCGCGACGAGCGAGUCGACGGCCGACUGGACGAGCGAGGCGGCCUGUCGGUGGUAGGCGGCGGCCGUGACGUGGUCGCCAAGGUGAGAGGCGUGUGUGGCCUUGAUGGACAGGGAAAUGGCGUCGAGGGCGAGUGUGGGGCCGACCGCCGCCGACGAGAGCACCGGGGCGGCCUCGAGCAGACGCGCCGACAUCUCACUGUACGUCGCCGCAUCUGUUUGUAUGUGUUUGUGUGAACACACACACACAGAGAGAGGGUGGAGGGAGGUGGCCAGUGUGUCUGUCUCUUGUGUUGUGUUGUGUGCCUGAUGUCUGUGUGUGGGCGCUGUCGGGGUCGUCGACGGCCGCGAAGCGCGACGCCAACACGUCACACAAUGACGACGCCUCUGUGGAUGGAAAGGAGACACACACACACACACACAGAGAGAGAGAGAGAGAGAUAUCGACAGCUCUGCGUGUGUGUGUGUGUGUAUGUGUGUGUGUGUGACCUUUGAAGACGGCGGCGGCGUCGGUGGCGCUUCGCUCCUUCACGUAGAGCAGGGCGGCGUGGUUCAGAUGAUACCUGACACACAAUGACACGACAGCCAUCCAGGCACAUGGACAAUGACUGUCCCUCUCUCUCUCUGUUCAUCUGUGUCAUGACACACAGACUUGGCGUGGAGGUCUUCGUCGAUGGCGGCUUGCAGGUCGCCGGCCGCGGCCAUGUCGUCGGCCUGUCUGGCCAGCUGGAAUGCCCUUGCCAGCGCCACCUCGGGCACAUCGCCGCUGUCGUAUGCGUUGGCCUUUCGCUGUGCCGCGGCGGCCUUGUUGCGGAAUGUGUGCGCGGCGGGUGCGUCGGUGCCGGCGGCCUCGUACGACUGGGCGAUGGCGAGGUAAUCGCUGACGGCCUGCCGCUGUGUCUUGGCGGCGGCCUGUGUGAGGCCGUCCAGCGCCUCCUGCACGGCGAUGGCCUCGCGCAAAGCACCCGCGUUGUCCAACGAUGACACACUCGACGGACACAGAGAUCUCGAGGUGGUGGCCGAUGGGCGUCCCUCUUCCUCCAAACGAGCUGCCGCCUCACGCAGACGGACAAGACGAUCAGACUCAGCACCAGACACCGACGGCACCGGCGAAGAAGCAACUGACAGACAGAGACACAGAGGCACAAGCAAGCAUCAUCAUGAACAUGUCUCUCUCUUCGAUGUGCGUCUGCUUGCCUUGCUUCUGCUGCUGUGGCUCAGUGUUCGAGCGGAGUGCAGCUCCCUCACACCAAAGCGGAGACAGGAUGAGAGCGAGGCAAAGCAGACAGAGACGCGUCACCAUCAUGACUGACUGAUCACUUGCUUUGCUUGCUUGGCGAAAAAAGGAGAGAAGAGUGAGACUCGCAAACAAGAAUCAGUGGAUGGAGAAGCGAGUGAAGAGUGUGCUCGAUCGCGAUCGUUUGUCUGUGUCAAUUUGUCUGUGUACAAAACACGAUCGAUCCCCAUACACGCACAUGUACAUGUACACACAGUGAUGUACGUUUGCGUGUCCGUCACUGUCCGUCGUCUGUCAUGUGGUGUCUCUGCUAGCCCGGCAGCUGCCUCCGGGCCCGCACACACAGCCUCCCUCCCACACGGAUAGUGACAAAAAUAAUGUACAGAAUGCAUGUGCGGUCAGCUGUCCGAUGCACUUGAAAAAAACAUCACCAGGGACGCAGACAGACAUGCAUCGCACAUACGCAAAGAGCCUUAUGGUCCUUCUCUUCAUGCACUGGAUGGUGUGUCCCCUGCGCCCAACUCCAUCCUGUCCUUGCUCGAGCUGUCAAUGCUCGGCCUGCUCGAGUUGAGCGCGUUGAGGGGCACACUCAGACACAGCUGUGCCUGCUGCUUUUCGUCGCCCACGGGGGACAAAGCCACGGACAGCCGCACAUACUGGCUGUUCGGAGGGGAUGACCCCUCAUCGCUGACCGUGGCCGACUGCUGCUGCAGCCGAAUCAUCGACGGCGAUGAGUGACUUGUCCUGAGACGGGCAGCCACCUGCAGAGGGCUCUCCGGCGAAUGGGGCGUGAAGGCGCUCUCUUCGGGAGCGAUGACGCUACGCACAGGGGAGCGCCCGGCCUCACUCGCAAUGCUAAUGCUCGAGUUGCGCUGGUGGCGCAUCAACGGCGGCAGCUCUCUCCCUCGUGUCGGCUUGGCGGGUGAGGGGGGGUGCUCGUUUGUGGUGGCAAUGGGAGGGGAGUUUUGCUGCUUGAUGGUGUUCCCCGAGUGUGAGUGGGGCGGUGACGACCAGUUGUAGUCUUCGAAGGAUGUGUUGUGCGAGUGGACCGACACGUUCUCUGGCUCAUUGUUGCCGGCCGGCUGGAGACCUUGUGCCGCGGCCAACUCAAAUAGACUCUCCAGCUCCCGGAAGGUCAUCUUGGGCCUGUAACCAGAGACACACAUCGCAUACGCACACAGAUGUGACAUCAAGCACAAUUUCCAUGCUGCCUUUCUCACUUGGCGUGGUGCUGUCUGAAGUCCGUUCUCAGCCCCCCCGGCACAGCAGACGCCGCGCCCCUCAGAUUCCGUUGUGAGCUGUCCGGCGACGGCCGCCUGAAAGUGAUUCUCGGAUAGCCUGCUACGGUGCGAUGGCUGGCCUGCCGUCCCCAGCGUAUGAUUUGUAUGUCUCCCAGCAUGCUGCUAGACGCAUGGGGGCUGUGCGAGCGCUGUUUGGCCAGCAUGGUGCCGACUGCCGGUACAAUGGGGCAGGUUGUGAUGGGAUGGUAUGCGGCUUCCUCUGUCAGCAGCUGCUGCUUGGGGCUGUGGUGGGCUUCUGGAUCGUCGCUCAACUGAAAGGAAGACAGUGUGCGUCUUGGCGUCGUCGUCGUGAUUGCUUACCUCAGGAUCUUCCUUUGGAAGCCGACGGCAACACGGGAAACCUAUACGAGCCCUCUUGCCCGACGCCUGCAUCCAACAUAGCGUCACGAGCCGUUCGUUACUCACAGAUGAAAGCCUUGUGUAUGCCACCUUUGGCGAUCUCCCUCGUCCAAACGCAGACCAUCGCCUUGAAGUUUCCUGUUCACCCCUCUCGCCCUCAGAUUGAUGGGGGAAGGCAGAGCCGUCCGCCGGCGCAGUGCUGGGCCGAGUGGGUGCCGUCGGGCCGCCCGAAACCGUCGGAGCUUCUGGAAGGAUGUUUGGGGGAGCAUCUGCGCAGAAGAAGGCGAUGUUCAGUACGUGCGUUCUUGUGUGUUGGUUGUGUAGCUAACCCUCAAUGUCGGGAGUGGACGGCUUCUUGGUGAGGAGACCCUGCGAGUCCGGCCCCUUCCGACGGUCUCUGGAAUCACGACGCACGUGGCUUAGAAGCGCUGAAGCCCAUCAGCAAACGUACGAACGCCAUCGCCAUAGUGUUCUUUCUGCUUUCAAGCUGCUCUCACCAUCAGACUCGGUUACCAGCUGCACCUCUCCCUGGGAGGACUUUGAGAAGUCCUUCUCGCCUUCGACAGAACCAAGAUGCUUCACACCGCCCUCACCCGGCAGGCCGAAUGUCGCUGACACUGCGAAUGAGGCGGGAGCCGAUACCUGGCCGAUGGGUGCCGCUGAUUCGGGAAUCAAGGCCGUUUGCUUGCUGGUGGGAGUGAAGGACAUUC